UCAAAAAAUGAUCGGCUACGUUGACGUCAAGACAUCGCCCGUUUAUUUUUACGCCCAGAAAACAUUCCCCUCUGGGACUAUAAAUGCCGUUGUUCCAUUCGAUUUGCUGAGAUUAAACGUGGGGAAUGCCAUGAACACUUCCGGAAUAUUCAUCGCACCUAAACCUGGCAAAUACUUUUUCUCUUACUCUGGUAUUAGCUUUACUGUAGUUGCCAGAGUCGAGUUGCAAGUGAAGAAUGCAACAGCGAAUUGGUUAGGGAUUGGGCAUGCAUUUGGUGCAGCCACUUCUCAAACAUUUUCACUGCAAGCCAAUUUGGAACUUGCAGAAGGCGACCAAAUUAGACUCCGAUUAGUAGAAGGCGUAAUUGCUGAUGACGCAAGUCAUUAUACCAAUUUUGUUGGCCACCUGCUUGAGGAAGACAUUAUCCAAUAAUUUUGAAACAAUCAAAGCCAUCAAACCCUUUGAUUUUGAAAGUUUCGAAUAAUCUCUUGCAAAAAAAAAAAGAAAAAACAACUUGAUUUUCUUAUUAAUUUUACGGACUAGAUUCUUUAGCCUAUUCUUGGUGCCUUAUUUUUCACACAUGGUGAAGGUUUUGUUUAACUGAAUUGGGAAUAAAAAAUGUUGAGUAAAG